CGUCUGGAAGAAGCGAAGAUCUGCCGCAGAAACAGACGCGUGCGAGCCAAUCAGCUGACGUCAUGGGCAAAGUGCAGGGCGGCAUGAAAUGCGUGAAAUAUCUGCUCUUCGUGUUCAACUUCAUUUUCUGGCUGUCAGGUCUGUUGGUGCUCGCUGUGGGACUUUGGCUCAGGUUUGACCCGGACACAGUGGAACUGCUGACGAGCGAUGAGGCUCCCGAAACCUUCUUCAUAGCUGUCUACAUCCUCCUCGGCGCAGGAGGACUCAUGAUGCUGGUCGGGUUCUUCGGCUGCUUCGGUGCCGUGCGUGAAUCUCAGUGUCUUCUGGUGUCGUUCUUCGUGUGCCUUGUGAUAAUCUUUGGAGCGGAGAUUGCUGCCGGCGUGUUUGGAUUCAUAAACAAGGAGCAGAUUGUUGAGGAAGUUCAAAAGUUUUACAGUAGCUCAGUCGCUGACGUGUCCAAUGCCAACGGCACUGCAAUCGCAUCCAUAUAUCACAAAGUGCUGAACUGCUGUGGCAGUUCUGUGGCAAACCCAGAACUAUGUCCGGACUAUGAGGAGGAGACAAAGGACUGCCUGACUGCGAUAGCGGACUUCUUUAAUGAAAAGCUGCAUAUCAUUGGAUAUAUUGGCAUCGGGGUUGCAGGAAUAAUAAUUAUCGGCAUGAUCUUCAGUAUGGUCCUGUGUUGUGCCAUCAGGAACAGCAGGGAGGUCAUAUAGACAUGGCGACCUCUGUACGUCUGACAUCAGAACAGGGUUUCAAGUGUCUCCCUCGUGAAGAUCACAUGGUGCCCUGUGAAGCUCUCCCAUUACUUUGACUCCUCCUGACCUCCACCAACAGUGAUCCACUUCUGUUCUUUUCCAUAACACAUGCUUCUGACACAACUCUGUCACGUUCCCCCGAGUUUAAAAUCCGUCUGAUGUCCUACAGGAGUUCUGCUGUAAAAUAGAACACAUUGUCCUCUUGCGGUGCUGCUGUAAAUACCUGCUCACACUUACUUUUUAACUUUGUGUAAUUUAAAGCCACAGUCUGUAGGACAUGGGCGCGUUUACCAUCAUAAAUGGAACAUAGCAUUCAUAACCAUCUGUUCAUUUGUGUAUAAUUACCUACAAGAACAAAUUGCUAUUUUCAUGAGCUUAGAAUGAGCCCUAUCUACAUGGGAUCAAGGCCCCUCUCUUGGGGCCCCAUGUUGCACCACAGUGUUGAUACAGUAGCCCAAAAGGGACAUAAUUCCACCGCAUUUUGCAUUGCAGGUGGACAACUGAAGGAAAAGGGAAGAGUAAUAACUGUUUGCUCCCCUAUACGCUGUCUACUGGGUGCUAGUGCAGGCUCACUCAUCUGAAAA